AUGUUAGAAUCAAACAACUACGAUGUUAAUAAAACUGUUGAAGCAUUUCAAAGUGAAAAAAACUCAAAAACAUCGACAACAACAAAACCAUCACCGAAAUCUCGAAUAAUAUCUUCAUCAUUAUCAACAGCGGUAUUAACAUCGACAUCAAAACCAACGGGAGAACGUAAUAAACAAUUAUCAGCAGUCAUCGAUCAAACAAAUGAACUCAGAAUAAUAACCUCGGCUUCGCGAUCAAUGUAUGAUCAAAUACAAGCACAAAUCGAAGAAAAUGAACCAAAAAUGGCUGCUUGUUCAAAUGAAAAAUUGUUGGAUUAUUAUAUAAGUUAA